GUUCUUCUCAUGCUGUAUCAGUUUUGCUCCUGGAAUAAAACUGUACCUGGAAGUUCAUUUGAUUUGAUUAUUUUUAAUUUUUUUUAAUCAACAGCUUAUUUCUGUCAUGGACUUAAUAAAGAUGGUCAUUUCAUUAGAACAGCUUUUCAACCUGAAGGCACAAAAGUAAAGACCUUUGACCUUUGGUGCCUAAAAUGUACAUGUUGCAUCACCACAAGACUAGGCUGUAAAUAAGUAUACAUUCCUAUAAACUAGCUCACCACUACAAAUGUGUUGGGCUUCUUGUCACUAUCACCUUGUUUUAGUCUAAAAUAAACAGAGAAAAUAUAAAAUAUUUAUGUUUGUUGACUAUAGAAAUUGUAGAGUUGUUGUAAUUGUCAUGCAUGAUUUUUAUAGGCUUGUGUCCAUUAAGUAGCAUUAAAUUAAAAGAAUAAGGUGGACCGUAUUUUGUCUUAAUUUAUUUUUUAAAUCGUGUUCUUUUGUGGUUACAGAGGGUUUCUUAUACAAAGGAAUGUCAGAAGGCAGAAAUAACUUAUCUGAUGCAAUUACUUUUUCAAAAAAAGUAACUUCAUUUUAAACCAUGUGAAGCUGUUCUUUAUAACAUUUAGAAAGCUUAGACAUAUGAACAAAACAAGUAAUAAUUUUAUAUUUUUUUAGAGAGGGACAAAAAAUCGUCUUAAUUAUCGAUGGCAAUUUUUUUGCAUCUUCCGCUUCUCGUGAGGAACAGUGUUCUACCUCCACACAUGUCAAAUGUCAAAUAGUGUCACAAUUUAAAUAAUUUCAUUUUCGUGUUCUGUUUACGGGCAGACUGAGAUUUGUAAUAUCCUCAGUGUAUCGCGCUGUGUUUGUGCGCCAUGUGUCGCUGUUCGCAAAGAAAUGGCGUUACGCCCGUGAUUCAACAGAAGCCAUGACAGUUCUGCGUAAGACUCUCCGGUUUCUGAUGAAGCCUAUGUUCCACCGACCUCGGCACUGGCACAGUCAUACGCAGCUGGAUCCCUCCUUUUAUCAUCUCUCGCAAAUGCUCAUUUAACAGGUGACUGAAAUCAGUUGCUUUUCACCUAUCGAGUAGAUUUGUUGCCGCAACAAUGGCGUGCAGUCCCACUGCGCAGCGCGGAGGGGCAUUAGUCUCUGUUUUCUUUGUGUUUUGCGGGAUGUGGAGCGCUGCUUUGUCCGUGACUCGCUACUCUGUCCUCGAGGAAAUGGACAUUGGAUCCGUUGUGGCGAAUUUAGCAACGGAUUUGGGACUGGACAUUCGCAGCCUGGCUGAACGGAAGGUAAAGCUGGAUUUAAUUCAUAGUAAUAAAUACCUGGAGGUUAAUAAAAACACAGGCGAUUUGUACAUAGUACAGAAGAUAGAUAGGGAACUGCUAUGUCCAACAAAGUCACCUAUGUCUUGUUUUCUAAAAAUGGAUCUAAUAAUGGAAAGCCCAGUACGAAUGUUUAAUAUCGAAUUAGAAAUCAUGGAUGCAAAUGACAAUGCGCCUAAUUUCCGAAGGGAAACGAUACAUUUGGAUAUUUCCGAAUCUGCUUCUCCGGGAGAACGAUUCUCUUUGACAAAUGCCGUGGACCCUGAUGUCGGAACGAACUCCAUUAACACAUACCAUCUUAGCCAAAGCGAGAAUUUCGAUCUCGAGAUUCAGAAGGGAAGUGACGGAACAAAAUAUGCGGGUUUGGUGUUGAAAAAGGCUUUGGACCGGGAGGAGCAGGCUGUACACAAUCUAAUACUCACCGCUGUAGACGGAGGAGUCCCGGCGCGGUCCGGCACCGCCAGCAUCAUUGUGCGCGUGCUGGAUACAAAUGACAACGCCCCUCAAUUUGACCGGCAUGUUUAUUCCGUUAACAUUACAGAGAAUUCUCCGUUAGAAACACUUGUACUGAAGCUGAACGCUACAGACCUAGAUGAGGGCUCAAAUGCAGAGAUCGAAUAUUCAUUCACCCUGUACACAUCAGAGAAAACGCAGGAAGUGUUUUCGCUUAAUCCAAAUACAGGAGAAAUAAAAGUCAAAGAUGUCAUUGAUUUUGAGGAAACUAAAAUGUUUGAAAUGUACAUUCAAGCUAAAGACAAAGGACCUAUCCCUCUAUCGGGAGAAUGUAAAGUGUUGGUGUUUGUCACCGACGUGAAUGACAACUAUCCUGAAGUCACGAUUAAAUCUUUCAAGAGCUCGAUUAAAGAGAAUGUUGCCAUGGGAACAGCAAUAGCAGUAAUCAGCAUUAGCGACCGAGACUCCGGAGACAACGGUCAUGUGGAUCUUUUAGUUAAUGAACAGCUACCUUUCGCGCUGAACAAGUCUUCUGAGGGGUAUUUCUCACUUGUUGUUUCAGAACCUUUAGAUCGUGAAAAAGUUUCUGAGUAUGACAUCACACUCACAGUCAGAGACAGGGGCACGCCCCCUUUGUAUGAUAACGAAACGCUCACGUUGCAGCUACUGGAUGUGAACGACAACACGCCUCAGUUCCCAAAGUCAUUCUACACCAUCCCAGUGAUGGAGAACAACGCGCCGGGAUCACUGCUGAGUUCUGUUACCGCCUUUGAUCCAGACCUGCACGAGAACCAGUACCUGGUUUAUUUCAUUGUAGAAAAGGAGAUAUACAACACGUCGAUUUCAAUGCUGUUUUCCAUUAAUCCAGAGGACGGUAAUCUUUACGCGCUGAGGACUUUUGACUACGAGAGAGAGAAGGAGUUCCUUUUCCACAUUGAGGCCAAAGACUCGGGAUUUCCUCCCCUCAGCAGUAAUGUCACCGUCCACAUCAUUAUCCUGGAUCAGAACGACAACACGCCGGUCAUAGUCUCUCCCUGGCGCGCGCAAGGCUUUGUAGUGGAGGAAGCGAUCCCGAGAUCCACUGAUAAAGGAUACCUGAUCGCCAAAGUGAUCGCCAUUGACGCAGAUUCUGUGCAGAACUCUCGGAUCACGUACCAGUUUCUACAGAUUACUGACGCCACUUUGUUUAGUCUGGACCAAUACAACGGGGAAAUCCGGACAAUGAGAAUGUUCAGUUACCGAGAUCCGCGUCACCAGAGGCUGGUUAUUGUCGCCAAGGACAACGGAGAUCCAUCUCUUUCCGCCACAGUGACUAUUAAGUUAUCAACUGUGGAGCACGUCAUUAAAGCGUUCUCGGACACCACAGAAUUUCCUUUGGAAUAUGAUAUAUUUUCAGACUUAAACCUGUAUCUGGUGAUCGGUUUGGGCUCGGUGUCGUUUCUGUUAUUGAUCACUAUCCUGGUGAUCAUCGUGCUGAAGUGUCAGAAACCGAAGCCCGCCAAACCGACCCCUCCCUGCAGGAACAGCGUGAUUAGCCAGAGGAACUCCACCAUAGCGGACUCCACCCUGGUCUCCAGCGAUGCCUACUGGUACAGCUUGUUUUUAGCGGAGACGCGGAAAGGAAAGGUGGUGGUUAGGCAGCCGAUACCGAAGGGGGCCGGAUACAUGGUUUCCAGUUUACCCAGAGGCACGGGCCUGACGGAGACCAGCGGAUCCAGAGCUUCCACUCUGCAGGUAGGGAUGUCUGCGGUUCGUUUAGAUUUCCACAGGGGCUUCGGUAGUCUGUCGGAAUCAAAGUGGCUGAGGCUUUUAAAAUAAAGUUUACAAAAAGUUCACCCUAA